AGCGCUGCCAGGGCGGGUCCCGGUGGCACUGUGCCUCGCAGAUCAGACAGGUCCGGAUGCCCUUGCAGCCGCACUCCUGGAUACUUUCAGGAACCUCAGCAGCAACAGCCGCCGCAGCCAGAGCCGCCAUUGUGCGGUCGGGACAGCCAGGCCGCGCGGGGGCUGCUAGGAGUUGUAGUCCCUGCGCACGGAGUUGGGCGGGGCCCGUGUCUGGAGUUCUGCUUCCUUCCGGUCGCCGCGGCCUCACAGAGGGUUUACGCGGCGCCACCUCCUGGGCUCCGUGGCUGCGGGCAUCCGUGACCGGGCUUCGGGCCAGCGGGGGUUCGGCUGGGCUCCGGGCCAGCGCCGGGCCGCGGUCCCCACGAACACCCAUGGGUCCCCUCACGGCGCGGCUGCUCAUACAACGAGGGCGACCGAAGACCGACAGGCUUGGAAGGAUCCGGAGUCUGGACCUGUCUGGGCUGAAGCUGCUGUCAGAGCACUUGGACCCCAGCCUUUUGGCCCGCCUGAAGCAGCUGCAGGAGCUGGACCUCUCUGACAACCUGCUGGAGACGCUGCCUCCCAACGUGGGCCUGCCCCACCUGCGCAUCCUCCACUGCGCCAACAACCAACUGUGGGAUGUCACUACCUUGGCUCAGUUCCCAGAGCUUGAGGAACUGAGCCUGGAAGGCAAUCCCUUCCUGACGGUCAAUGACAACUUGAAAGUGUCCUUUCUCCUGCCCAAGCUGCGGAAGAUCAAUGGCAAGGAUAUGUCAGCAACCUGUUCUCAGGUGGAGAAUCUGAACCAGGAGCUCACCAACAGGGUUAGAGCCUAUUGGCAGAAGUUCCUGACCACCCGGGACCCUGAAGAGGAUGCUGAGAAAGCUCGGGCUGAUUUUGUGAGAUCUGCUGUCAGGGAUGUGUGUUACGGUCCUGAGUCCCUCAGCGAAUUCACUCAGUGGAGGGUGCGGAUGAUCUCCGAGGAACUGGCAGCCUCAGGUGGGACCCAGGUGCAUGAAGCAGAUGUUUCAAAGAAGUCUCCCCAAGCCACAGCUGCCUGCAAGCCCAGGCAGGCCAGAAUGAUGACCUCAAAACAGCCUGAUGAUGUCCCACUCAACCUAUCUUCCUCCAAGAGACUUCGUGUCUCCCUGCCAGCUAAGAUGGAGGACCUAUCUGUGGACUCUGAUGGAGGACAGGCCUCCCUGCAGCUGGAGCCCCUGCACUUCCUACAGUGUCACAGCAGAAACAACAGCCCAAAAGACCUAGAGACACAGCUGUGGUCCUGCGCCUUUGAGCCUGUUCGGGAGGAGGGGCACUCAGGAUCCACGUCCCAGACUGUGGCUACAUGUGGUGGAGAGGCUGUUUGCGUGAUAGACUGCCAGAUGGGCAUCAUACUCCACAAAUACAAGUCUCCAGGCGAGGAAUUCUUUUCUGUGGCCUGGACAGUCCUAACAGUGGUCACCCAGACAGGCCACAAGAAGCGUUGGAGUGUGCUGGCAGCUGCAGGCCUGCGGGGCGUGAUCCGGCUACUGCAUGUGCGUGCAGGCUUUUGCUGCGGGGUCAUCCGGGCCCAUAAGAAGGCCAUUGCCACCCUCUGCUUCAGCCCCACCUAUGAGACUCACCUCUUCACGGCCUCUUAUGACAAACGGAUCAUCCUCUGGGACAUCGGGAUGCCCAAUCAUGACUAUGAGUUCCAGGCCAGUCAGCUCCUCAUAUUGGACUCUGCUUCCAUCCCCCUGCGCCUCUCUCCGGUUGCCUCCUGCCCUGAUGCCUACCUGCUGGCUGGCUGUGAGGGUGGAUGCUGUUGCUGGGACGUGCGCUUAGACCAGCCCCAGAAGCGGAGGGUGUGUGAGGUGGAGUUCGUCUUCUCUGAGGGCUCCGAAACAUCUGGACAGAGAGUGGACGGGCUGGCAUUUGUGAAUGAGGAUGUCGUGGCCUCCAAAGGGAGUGGACUGGGUACCAUCUGCCUGUGGAGCUGGAGCCAGACAUGGGUGGGCCGGGGCAGCCGAUCCACAGUGCCUGUGGUCAUCCUAGCCCAGCUGCAAUGGUCAUCUACUGAGCUGGCCUACUUCUCACUCAGCACCUGCCCUGACAAAGGGCUCGUGCUGUGUGGGGAUGAAGAGGGCAACGUGUGGAUCUAUGAUGUCCAGCAGGUUCUAAAGCAGCCGCCUCCACUGUCAGCACCUCCGCAGGCACCCACACAGAUCCUGAAGUGGCCCAAGCCCAUGGCCCUGGGCCAGGCAGUGACCAAGACAAUGGUAAACACAGUGGUGGCCAACGCAGCCCUUACCUACCUCACAGCUCUGACAGACUCCAACAUUGUGGCCAUCUGGAAGAGACCCUAGCUUGGACAGGGCAGGGCAGCGUGCCAGGGGCACAACAUAUUAGCCCACGGCUAAUGACAGAGGUCUUUGUACUAAUAUUUUUAUUAAAUUCUCUACUGUGUAAUA